CAAAACUUCUACUCUCUUCUCUGUUUGUGGAUGUUUACUGACUUUUUUUUUAUUAUUUUUUAUUUUUACAAAGAUUGAAUGAUGGCAAAUGAGGAGGACUAUGAGGACGUAAUCUUUUCAGACUAUGAUGACUUUAUUUCUGAACAUGAAAAAGGCAAAGCCGUUAUUGAUCCAAAUAUAGGUUGGGGUUCAGACCCCAUCCUCAAAAUCAACCUCUCUCGCCCUUCUAAAAUCCCUCCCCCUAAUCCUAAUCCUACCCUUCCCCCUGCCCCUACCGUCGCCACCGCCUACCCUCGGCCAAAAUGGUUCCCAUAUACGAAGCUUUCUGAGGAGGAACGAUAUGAAUAUUCUCUCUAUGGAGAGAUGCUGUUAGAGCGCUACAAUGAAGUUAAGGGCACGGAUUUUGAAUUUGUGAGGCUUGUGAAGAUUAUGGUAAUGCUCGCUGCUGGGCUUAAUAUUAAAAUUCAUUUUGAGGCCAAGUCCUGCGCUGUUGCUGUUGCUGCUGUUGAGUACACUAUGAAAACCUUUGAAGGUUUCGUGUUCAAGGCUUUUGUCUGUCGUCAUAGAGUGUGGCCUUCGAGUUGUCAACUGCUAUGCCCUAAUCCUGUGUAUGAUGAAAGAAUCUCCCUGUCCCAUGAGCACUAAUUAUGAACCGCCGCCUUAUGAACCACUGCUUUAUAAACCAGCAAGGGACUUACCUCCUUCAUUUUUGUCAUGGUUGAGUGAUGAUCUUAAUUGAUUGUAGUAACUUUCUGUUUUGCUAGUUUUUU